AUGAAUGGAUUAACGAGAGAUGAGAUUGAAGAACGAGCAAAACGAAGUUUUAGUUGUGGAGGAAAUACUUUCAAUGAUAUUUAUAGUUGUCGAGGAGGAUAUCAUGAGUUUAACGAAACUAUUGAUGAGUUAAUAAAACUUGAUUCAAUAGAAAUUAGUAAAUUACAUACAACCAAAGAAGUUCUUGUGUUGUUGAUUAAAAAUGCAUUACUAAAAACUGAGUUAAUUGGAGGGGUUGAUAUUAGUGAAAAAGAAGAAAAAAGUGAUGAACAAAUAAUUUCAUUUAAAGAAUAUAAGUUAAUAUUUGAUGGAAAGGAAUGGAUUAAUCAGGAACUUGUUAAGUAUUGUCAACCUCAAAAACUGAUUAUUCGAAGAAAAGAAGAAAAAGGAUAUCAAUAUUCAUUAUUUUAUAAUCCAUCUUUAAUUGAAUCUCCACUAAAUACUAGAUGGAAUUGUGAAUAUAAAAUAAUUAAUGAAACUACUGGAUUGUCAAUGACUAUAGGAGGAAAUGCUUCUGUUGGAGUUAUCCAAUUCAUAGAGAAGUUUGGUUAUUUUGAAGGGAAAAAAGGAGAAAACAAAUACAGAAUUGAACCAUCUUUUGUUCUUGCUAUAUUAUGUGGUAUUAUAUCACAACAAACUAUUGAAACAUAUAAUGAGUAUAUUAAUAUUAAAUCAUCAUUGUUAAAACAAACAAUUUCAACAUUAUACUCUCGAUUAAAAUUAACUCAAGACUUUAGUGAAUCUAACUGGAUUCAUAAACAAAUCACAAAAAGUGAAUUACUGUUAAAACAAAAUGAGGAAAAAUGGGAUAAAUGCAAAAACCAAUUAAAAAAACAUUUAAUUUAUGGCUAUUAA